GUGCUCGCCUCGUUCCAUUCCAUCCAUCACACCUCGUAUUACUACUCUAUCCCAAUCAUUGUAAAACAACAGUGUUUUGCUGGUACGAUAGGCGACAGAGAUGACAUCUUCGUCCUCGAACGUUGUUGGGGUUCACUACCGGGUGGGAAAGAAAAUCGGUGAAGGCUCCUUCGGUGUUAUCUUUGAAGGAACAAACCUUUUGAACAAUCAGCAGGUUGCAAUCAAAUUCGAACCGCGGAAGAGUGAUGCUCCUCAACUCCGAGAUGAAUAUCGCACCUACAAGAUCCUCGUUGGAUGCCCUGGCAUACCUAAUGUCUACUAUUUUGGGCAGGAGGGUCUCCACAACAUUCUCGUUAUUGAUCUCUUAGGUCCAAGUCUAGAAGAUCUUUUCGAUCAUUGCAACCGAAGGUUCACUAUAAAAACAGUUGUAAUGGUUGCAAAACAAAUGUUAUCGAGGGUCCAAACAAUCCACGAGAAAAAUCUUAUUUACAGAGACAUCAAACCGGACAACUUCCUAAUUGGGAGACCUGGCUCCAAGGCAGCCAAUGUGAUCCAUGUCGUCGACUUUGGAAUGGCAAAACAGUACAGGGACCCAAAAACAAAGCAGCAUAUUCCCUACCGAGAACGCAAAUCUCUAUCGGGAACUGCACGUUACAUGAGUAUCAACACGCAUCUUGGUAGGGAACAGUCACGCCGAGAUGACCUUGAAGCCCUAGGCCAUGUGUUCAUGUACUUCCUUAGAGGUGGUUUGCCAUGGCAAGGCUUGAAAGCUGCCACUAAUAAGCAAAAGUACGAAAAAAUUGGCGAAAAGAAACAGACAACUGCCGUCAAGGAUCUCUGUGAUGGAUAUCCAGAGGAGUUCAACAAGUACCUUACCUAUGUUCGAAACCUCGGUUUCGAAGAUACUCCUGAUUACGAUUAUUUGCGCGAUCUCUUCACUCAAGCAUUGAAGAAUACAGGGGAAGUGGAAGAUGGGGAGUAUGACUGGAUGAAGCUGAACGGAGGUCGAGGUUGGGAAGCCUCUAAGUCUUACCCUGCCCAACACCACUUGCACACCGGCAAUGCAAUGCCGAAUUCAUCUGCUCGGGAAAUUCAUGGUGCUUCAGCGGCAAGAGGCCCUCAUCCUCAAAGACCCGGAAUUACCGCUGACCGUUUAAACGCCGCGCAGCCCCCGCCCCCAUCUCCUGCGAAACCAGGAGCUGGGAAACCAGCGCGAGAGCGGCCAAACGCAUCAGGCGGGCCGCAAGUCAAGCGUCAAAACGGAGCGGCGGGGGGACUCGAUGCAACUGCAGCAGCUUCAACGCAGGCUCAGUUUCAGAAUUCAAAUGCACAUCUCCCGGGCCGGAUCAGCAACCCGGUCAAUAGCACGAUGAACAAUCCCCAGGCUCAACCAGCGCGGAGAACCCCUGAACCUGAGCCUACCUUUGUGCAGAAAGUGAUGAAAGCAUUGUGUUGUGGUUGAAUUUCCAGCCCAUCUAACAAAAUAAUCCUGAUUCGACAACAUGUUACUGUGGGAGUUGAUCGAAAGGCUCCUUAUCCCAUACAUCUAUGGAGCCUUUUCCUCUUUCGCUUGUUUCCUUUUUUUUUUCCGCGGGAACACGUUUUAACGACACGGCCGACGACGGAUUCAAAAUCUCAGUUCACCUUUUUAAUUUCUGGAGCGCUUUUCUUUCUCGUAUUACUUAUAUUAAUAUCUCGACCUCCGUUACGAACAUCUUGGAGGGAUAAUACCUGAACUCUCGGCAUGAUUACCUAGAGUGUCUAUCUCGUCCCCCGUCCAUUCCAAAUCGAUUCAACCCCGGUUACUCUCCGCGCAGUUACGCGAUACAAAUUCUUCUCAACCUCUCUCCCAGCUUUUCAUGUUUUCCCUUUGGCGUAAAACUUGAAUAUCUUCAGCCUGUCUUUGUCUGAGCGUCUCUCAGUUUUCGGAAUAGACUAUCGCCCAAGAUUCCGACCAGAAAAUGAGUCAUGCGGCCCUGUACCUUGCAUAUUCCGUUAUUUCGGCGAUAUACACAUAUUCGCAUGAGUUGCUGGAAAGUGCAGAGGCAUUUUUAGCUGGUGGACAAGGCGAUGGUUCCAUUUUACCGGCGAAUUCUAUCCCUCGUGUGCCAUUCUCUCAAAGGUCGGGUUGAGAAGUCGAGAACGAUAUCAUAUGGGAGGGUGAUAGUAAUGAACUGAUUUAUCAAGAGUCCAAUGUCAUGCAUCGUUCACUUUGUGUUUCCAUACCCGCGCCUGACUCUAGCAGUUUUUUCUUUUUGACUUUUUCCUUUUUCUUGUUUUGUUUCAUUUGUUCUAUUGGCGUCGUGCUGGGUUGCCACCGUAUAUCUGUUGUUUGUUCCUCUUUCAACUCUCCAUGUAAGUCUUUUUUGGCCUUUUGAUUGAUGAAGUAUCUCCGAGUAGAAUAUUGUACGUAGAGCAGCGGACCUCAGUGAGCGAAGUACUUCUAGCAAACUUACCCGGUUAAUAUUGUCCAAUAUAUUCAAUAACAGGAG